ACAUCCCUCUCUAGAUUCUCACGUGAUGCCUUUCAAGACUCAAGCUUCUGGUGUAUUCAUUUCUCUAACGAGAACGUGAGGCUUUGGUGUUACUCCCCUCGACCAUGGAUGCGACUAAAAGCGUCUCCCCACUGUGGUACAGGAGGACCAAACCCCUGGGGAAGGUGAGGCAACGGGUUCAAGAGCUCCGAAUCCCUUCUUUCUCGUGUCACGACUUCACGGCCAUCAGGCCCCGGCUGGACCUGAGCCACAAUGAGAGCGCUCGCCUUGCGGCCGACCGCCUGCUCAGCCACGGGCUGCAGGGAUACCAGGAGGUGCUGAACGCUGAAGGAGAAGUGGAUUUUCUCUCCGAGUUGGACAAGAAUUACAUCCUGGAAAAGGGGAGAGACAGCAAUGCAGGUUAUGGUGACACAAGCACUGCAUAUGAAGAGGAAGAAGAGUUUGAAAGUUUAUCUACUGGCUGCCAUUCUUGCUCACGGCGCUCUUCGCUGUCAGUGUCCGCAGACAGUGACACAAUUGUGGAAGAGGGGAACCAGAGCGGCCUAAAAGACCUGGAUGAUCCUGGGGUUGAGGUGUUUUUCCAGCCUGACCGCAGCGCAGCAGGCAUGAAAGACCUGGUCAGACAGUUCAUCAGCAAGGCAAAACUGGCUCUGGCCAUAGUGAUGGACACCUUCAGCGACACGGAGCUGCUGUGUGAUCUUCUGGAGGCGAGCAAGACGAGAAACGUGUCAGUUCAUCUCCUGCUGGAUCAGCUCAACCUCAGCGUGUUUCUCAACAUGUGGCAGGACCUCAAGCUCAACAGCAAUAACUUCCCUAAGUUGUCAGUACGCAGUGUCCACGGAGAGACGUACUGUGCUAAGACGGGCAGGAAGCUGACAGGUCAGAUCUCUGAGAGCUUCAUCAUCACUGACUGGACUGAGGUGCUGACGGGUUCAUACAGCUUCACUUGGCUGUCCUGGCAGGUCCACCGGAGUCUUGCUGUUCUCAUAAAGGGCAGCUCAGUCACAUCUUUCCUUCAGGAGUUUCACAGACUCUACUCCAGCUCAGAGCCGGUCGCCGGCUUCGUCAGCUUCAUCACCGUGCCACACACUCUUGCUCAUUCCUCCAAAUCACAGACGGCUCACAACAUCAACACUUCUGACAGUAUGCGGAUUUCAAAUAAGACCAAACCAGCAAGUGUGUGGGCUGUGGAGGACUGGGAAAACACCCAGACAAAAGCUUCAGGGUCACUUUUAUGUUGUCAGCAGAGCCAAGAAGUGAGGUGUGGAGAGGGCGGUGACCAGGCCGUGAGAGCCGGUUUACACACACAACUGCACCAGUCAGGAGAAGGUUAUAAGAUGCAGAAUGUUUGUGUGGACAAGUAUCAGCACACAGCGGGAGCUCUCUCUACUCAGCUCGGUGGAAGGUCAAAUGUGGAGCCACCAGGGAGGAAUCAGGCCCACGUGGACAGUCGCUCCAUCCUUCUCAAUCAGACCCUCUUCUCAGGCGUUCAGUCUCAGCUCGCCGGCGUUGUGAUUAAUCCCCCAGCUGAGAGGAAUCUGACUGCUCAAGCUUCGGGAACUCAUCUAAGGCCUCAGCUGCAACAGGGCUCCACAUUGUAUCUGACAAGUGGCAAGCAACACCUGCAAACGUACAAUUUCCAGCAGAUGAGUCCCCCUCCCAGACUCCACUGGCCCCCCAGGGUUUAUCCGUCUGCAGGGCCCAGACCGGUGCUGCGACACAACUCUUUCAGCAGCACCUACGUGGCCGGACAGCGGGCCUGGAGACCACUCCACACCAACAUGGACGCAUCGCUGGGAAGAAGCAACAGUAUGACUGACAGGUGGACGGCAGACUUCAGAGGAAUGGGCCUUUACCCAAACACCAGAUAG